AUGGCAGAAGAUCCAGCAAACUUAAAAUCUGAAAAUCCAGACCUGGAAAAACAAAGGAGUUGGGCUCUGGUGCCCGGGGUGUCCUUCUUAUUGUCUCUUUUUCUCAUGUUCACCUAUGACUUGGUGAUAUGGUUCUUUGACAUGGUGAUACACACGUUUUUCAGACAAUUGACCAUGCGGGGCACCUUCAACAUCCCCAAAAAAGGUGCUGUUAUCUUUGUCGUGGCACCGCACCACAAUCAGUUUGUGGAUCCUCUAGUAUUGAUGACAUCUGUUCGGAAAGCCGCAGGAAGGCGAGUGUCUCUAUUGACCGCAGCCAAAUCUUACCGAACUUGGUACGUUGGCGUUCCAGCCCGCCUUUGCAGUGCCAUUCCAGUGGAACGUGCACAGGACUUGGUGCAUGCGGCCACAGGGAAAAUCAGAGUGGAGAAUUUCGGCCCUGAAAACGAGAACGUGGUGAUUAUUGGAGAAGGAACACGCUUCAAGUCCGAGGCCAUGGCCAAAGGGCUAAUAGGCCUUCCUAGGUAUUUGGGAAAUGCUCAGAUAGAGGAAAUAGAGUCCGACACGCGGCUUCGCUUGCGCAAAGCAUUCAAAAUCAACUUUGACAAGCCGUCUGAAAAGGAAGAAGAAAUGAUUUGCUUGCUCACAGAGGGUACGGAUUACGUCGUGGCCCCGCAUGUCGACAACCAUAAGGUGUUCCAGAAUGUUUUUGACCACUUGAACGCUGAGAAAGUCCUUGGAAUCUUUCCUGAAGGCGGCCUGCACGACAGACCCAAUUUACUCCCACUAAAACCGGGCGUGGCCAUCAUGGCACUUGGUGCCGUAUCGCAGUCGAAAGAUCCAAAUCAGGUAGUGAAAAUCAUCCCGGUUGGGCUCAACUAUUUCCAUCCCCACAAGUUCCGUUCUCGGGUGGUGAUCGAAUUCGGAAAACCUAUCUUGGUGACAAAAGACGACGCAGCGAAGUACGAGAAAAACACGCGUGACGUGGUGAACAAGUUGCUAGAUUUGAUCACUCUCCGGCUUAAAGAAAUCACCGUGAAUUGUGAUGAUUAUGACACAUUGAUGACGAUCCACGCCGCCAGAAGACUAUAUACUUCAUCGGUCCGGAAAAGCAUCCCUCUUCCUUUGGUAGUGGAAAUGAGCCGGCGAAUACUCCAGGGAUACCAAAAGUAUGCGGACCGGCCCGAUGUGCAGCAAUUGAAAAACGCUGUUUAUGAGUAUAAUAAGAAACUCAUGAUUUUGGGCUUGCAUGACCAUCAAGUGGAAUCGUUGACAAGGUCUAAUAGGUUGUCUGUCCUCAUAAUGUUUCUUCAUCGCUUGUUUUUGACUACGCUUUUCUUCUUACUUUCACUCCCCGGUGUGAUUAUGUUUUCGCCGGUUUUCAUUGUGGCUCGCCGGAUUUCUCGAGAAAAGCAGAAGCAGGCAUUGGCUGGCUCGACAGUCAAAAUCAAGGCCAAAGACGUCAUUGGUACGUGGAAGAUCCUUGUUGCCCUUGUUUUGGCUCCAGCUCUCUAUAUUUUUUGGGCUGCUGUGGCCACUUUCGCAUUAGUGAAAUUUGGGAUUGCUGGACUGGUUCCUAAGACGUUGACGUUUCUCAUAGGCUACCUCAUUUGCGUGUUGAUUACGUAUGCAUCCUUACGUGUAGGCGAAGUGGGGAUGGAUGCCUACAAAUCACUAACGCCGCUUUUUUACUCCAUUCUUCUGGCCCAUAGAGAUAUCUUGCAGAUCGAGAACUUGAAAGAAACGCGGCGAAAAUUGGCAGAACAGGUGGUGGAGUUUUGUGAUCGCUAUGGUCCGUCGAUGUUUGAUGACUUUGACGAGUUCUAUAACAAAUACCACGGCUAUAACGAGGACGACGACAAGAUCCGCCAUGACACUAUGCAAACGGAGGAUAUCAGUCUAUCAAGGUCGGUUUCACCCAACUCCGUGUCUCUUCUGAACUUGUCAGACAUUCAAAUUUUCUCCAAUGCUUAUGACGGCACCGAAAGUGGAGAUGAGUCGUCGCCCCAUUCUGAAGAUCGUAAAGCGCUGGAACCAGAGGCAACCCCACAACCAAAAGAAGAACAAGAGGCGCAGUUGCGGUUGCGCAAAACAAAACACUCCCAGGUGAACGAUUGA